GUGCGCAGGCGCGGACGGAGGGCGGGCUGAAGCAGCUGAAGCGGCGGCAGCAGCAGCGGCGGCUCGGGCAGAGGGGCGGGAGCUGAGGCGGGAGCGGACGGGCUGGUGGGCGAGUUUGAGGCGGCGGAAUGGUGGACUAUCACGCGGCGAACCAGUCAUACCAGUACGGCCCCAGCAGCGCGGGCAAUGGCGCUGGCGGCGGGGGCAGCAUGGGCGACUACAUGGCUCAGGAGGACGACUGGGACCGGGACCUGCUGCUGGACCCGGCCUGGGAGAAGCAGCAGCGCAAGACCUUCACGGCGUGGUGCAACUCCCACCUGCGGAAGGCAGGCACACAGAUCGAGAACAUAGAUGAGGACUUCCGAGAUGGGCUCAAGCUCAUGCUGCUCCUGGAGGUCAUAUCAGGGGAGCGGUUACCUAAGCCGGAGCGGGGGAAGAUGAGAGUGCACAAAAUCAACAACGUGAACAAAGCGCUGGACUUUAUCGCCAGCAAAGGCGUCAAGCUGGUCUCCAUCGGGGCGGAAGAGAUUGUGGACGGCAAUGCAAAGAUGACCCUGGGAAUGAUCUGGACCAUCAUCCUUAGGUUUGCUAUCCAGGACAUCUCCGUGGAAGAGACCUCGGCCAAAGAAGGGCUCCUUCUCUGGUGCCAGAGAAAGACAGCCCCGUAUAAGAACGUCAAUGUGCAGAACUUCCACAUCAGCUGGAAGGACGGUCUUGCCUUCAACGCUUUGAUCCACCGGCACAGACCGGAGCUGAUUGAGUAUGACAAGCUGAGGAAGGACGACCCUGUCACCAACCUGAACAAUGCCUUCGAAGUGGCCGAGAAAUACCUCGAUAUCCCCAAAAUGCUGGAUGCAGAGGACAUCGUGAACACGGCCCGGCCCGACGAGAAGGCCAUAAUGACCUAUGUGUCCAGCUUCUACCAUGCGUUUUCGGGAGCGCAGAAGGCUGAAACUGCUGCCAACCGGAUCUGCAAGGUGCUGGCUGUCAACCAGGAGAAUGAGCACCUGAUGGAGGACUACGAGAAGCUGGCCAGCGAUCUCCUGGAGUGGAUCCGGCGCACCAUCCCUUGGCUGGAGGACCGCGUGCCCCAAAAGACCAUCCAGGAGAUGCAGCAGAAGCUGGAGGACUUCCGAGACUACCGGCGCGUGCACAAGCCACCCAAGGUGCAGGAGAAGUGCCAGCUGGAGAUCAACUUCAACACGCUGCAGACCAAGCUGCGCCUCAGCAACCGGCCGGCCUUCAUGCCCUCCGAGGGCAAGAUGGUCUCAGACAUCAACAAUGGCUGGCAGCACUUGGAGCAGGCUGAGAAGGGCUACGAGGAGUGGCUGCUGAAUGAGAUCCGCAGGCUGGAGCGGCUCGACCACCUGGCAGAGAAGUUCCGGCAGAAGGCCUCCAUCCAUGAGGCCUGGACUGAUGGGAAGGAAGCCAUGCUGAAACACCGGGACUAUGAGACGGCCACACUGUCGGACAUCAAAGCCCUCAUCCGCAAGCACGAGGCCUUCGAGAGCGACCUGGCCGCACACCAGGACCGCGUGGAGCAGAUAGCGGCCAUCGCUCAGGAGCUCAACGAGCUGGAUUACUACGACUCCCACAAUGUCAACACACGGUGCCAGAAGAUCUGUGACCAGUGGGAUGCCCUCGGCUCUCUGACCCACAGUCGCAGGGAAGCCCUGGAGAAAACAGAGAAGCAGCUGGAGGCCAUUGACCAGCUGCACCUGGAGUACGCCAAGCGCGCAGCCCCCUUCAACAACUGGAUGGAGAGUGCCAUGGAGGACCUCCAGGACAUGUUCAUCGUCCACACCAUCGAGGAGAUUGAGGGCCUGAUCUCAGCCCACGACCAGUUCAAGUCCACGCUGCCGGACGCUGACAGGGAGCGCGAGGCCAUCCUGGCCAUCCACAAGGAGGCCCAGAGAAUCGCUGAGAGCAACCACAUCAAGCUGUCAGGCAGCAACCCCUAUACCACUGUCACCCCACAGAUCAUCAACUCCAAGUGGGAGAAGGUACAGCAGCUGGUGCCAAAGCGGGACCAUGCCCUCCUGGAGGAGCAGAGCAAGCAGCAGUCCAACGAGCACCUGCGCCGCCAGUUCGCCAGCCAGGCCAACGUCGUGGGGCCCUGGAUCCAGACCAAGAUGGAGGAGAUUGGGCGCAUCUCCAUUGAAAUGAACGGGACCCUGGAGGACCAGCUGAGCCACCUGAAGCAGUACGAGCGCAGCAUCGUGGACUACAAGCCCAACCUGGACCUGCUAGAGCAGCAGCACCAGCUCAUCCAGGAGGCCCUCAUCUUUGACAACAAGCACACCAACUACACCAUGGAGCACAUCCGCGUGGGCUGGGAGCAGCUGCUCACCACCAUCGCCCGCACCAUUAACGAGGUGGAGAACCAGAUCCUCACCCGUGACGCCAAGGGCAUCAGCCAGGAGCAGAUGCAGGAGUUCCGGGCAUCCUUCAACCACUUUGACAAGGACCAUGGCGGGGCGCUGGGGCCCGAGGAGUUCAAGGCCUGCCUCAUCAGCCUGGGCUACGACGUGGAGAACGACCGGCAGAAGCAGACAGGCAGCAUGGACUCCGAUGACUUCAGGGCUCUGCUUAUCUCCACAGGAUACAGCCUGGGUGAUGCAGAGUUCAACCGAAUCAUGAGCCUGGUCGACCCCAACCACAGCGGCCUUGUGACCUUCCAAGCCUUCAUUGACUUCAUGUCUCGGGAGACCACCGACACGGACACGGCCGACCAGGUCAUCGCCUCCUUCAAGGUCCUGGCAGGGGACAAGAACUUCAUCACAGCCGAGGAGCUGCGGAGAGAGCUGCCCCCUGACCAGGCGGAGUACUGCAUUGCCCGCAUGGCGCCCUACCAGGGCCCUGAUGCCGUACCCGGUGCCCUCGACUACAAGUCCUUCUCCACUGCCCUGUAUGGCGAGAGCGACCUGUGAGGCCCCUGAGACCCAGACCAAAUACCCCCCCACGGCCUCCAGGAGGGGCCGGGGAAGCCCCACAAUCCUGUUCCUCCACUCUGUAUCUAUGCAAAGCACUCUGCAGUCCUCCAGUGUGGGUGGGUGGCCAGGGAGGGGCUGGGGCAGGCUCUCUCCUCUCUCUUUGUGGGUUGGCCCGGAGGUUCCCCAGACCAGGUGGGGCCGGGGAGACUUGGGGCUUGUGCUUUUUUAACCGUCGUGGAGGGGGCACUGGAUUCCCCCAGCAAAACCAGUCCCCUCCAUACCCGGGUCUCUUUCUUUGCCUCUGAGGUCCCUUCAAGGCCUCCCCCAUCCAGGCCAAAGCCCCAUGUGCCUUGUCCAGGAACUGCCUGGGCCCUGCAAGGGGCGUCACCGCCACCCAACAGCUGGGGCCCCACCCAGCCCCUCUCCACACUCACCUGCCAUUGCCAGGAGAUGGGGGCCCCACCCAGCUCCUCUGCUUUCACAGCAGAGGAGCUGGGUUAGCAGACGGGGCCCCUCUGAAUCCCACCAGCCCCAGCCUUGCUUUGUCUGGCCUCACACACAUCUCCGAUUUUCUAAGGACAAAAAAAAAAAAAAAAAAAAAAAAAAAAAAAAAACCAUAAAAACUAUAAAAAAAAAACUUUCAGAGAAUUACUAUUUACUUUAUUAACUUACGGAUUUAUUAUAUAAAUAUAUAUUCACCUAGCAACAUAUCUCUGCUGUCUCUCCUGCUCUCGCAAUGAAGACAUAGCCCAUCCCCUACCUGACGCGGCUCUGGGGACCCUCCAGAGGUGGAGGUGGGCUGCUGGCGUGGCUGCCUGGUGGUUGAUGGUUUUGCUCCCCCUACUUUUUUUUUUUUUUUUUUUUUGAGGUUAUUCUGAUUUUUUUUUCCUCGGUUUCUGGAUAAACCAUCCUCUGGGGACAGGAUAAUAAAACAUGUAAUAUUUUUCAGAAGGA